AUGAGAUAUGGUCUGCAAGGAGCAUGCCAAUUUGGUUUCUCACCUCAAAAAGCCCAUCACUCCAUGCACCCUUUAAAAACCCCAUCACUCACUACAAAUCUCUCCAUCACCACCAGACCCUUCUCUUGCUUAACCACUACUAGUAAUCUCUCCACCCACACUAGCAGAGAAUUUUUAGACUUGAGAGGGAUGGGUUCCAAGAACACUGCAUCACUUGCUCUCUUUCUAGCUUUCAACCUUCUGUUCUUCACCUUUGUUAGUGCAUGUGGCACUUGCCCUACUCCUAACCCUAAGCCAAAACCAAAGCCAAAUAAGGGUACAUGCCCUAGAGAUGCCCUAAAAUUAGGUGUUUGUGCCGAUUUGCUUCGCGGAUUGCUUAACAUUGUCGUGGGUACCCCUCCGAAAAAGCCAUGCUGUAGUCUCUUGGGAGGCCUAGCUGACCUAGAGGCUGCUGUUUGUCUUUGCACUGCCAUCAAAGCAAAUGUUUUGGGCAUUAACCUUAAUGUCCCUCUUUCUCUAAGCUUGCUUCUUAAUGUCUGCGGAAAGAAGGUUCCAUCAGGCUUCAAAUGUGCUUAA